AAGUAAGAGCUACUAGCUGCUCCCUUUUCGUCUUGUUUUCGACGGCGGUCGCUGUGUUUCGCUCGAGCUCGGGUUCACCGCUAUCUAACACGCGCUUCUCUCCAAUCAUAUUGCCCACAAUAGGGCAGUUCAAAUUUUGCUUUAAGGUGCAACGCUGCUAAAAAGGAAGCUUUGGGAUCGCUCGCCUUUGAGCCGGCUAGAGCUGUUUUUCGCUGACUGCGGUAGGGUUUCAAGCACUAGUCAGGCCUCCAAUACGCUUUUCACAGGACAGCAUGGAGCCCCUUACAAGUACGGAUGCUGCCCUGGAAUACGCUACACGGAUUAAACGUAUAUGCCCAGAUUUGCCGGAUACAGCUCUACUUGCUGCAGAGCUACUGAGGGCGCAAACGACCUACACCCGCACUGUGUUCCCGCUUCCUAUAGCUUGCACAGCUAGCACUAACACGAUGUGCUCCCUGCUGGAUGUCCUACUAGUAUUUAAUGAGCUGCUACAUGUAAUAGCGGCUGAAAUCACCGAGGUCGAAUUUGGAAAAGUGGCAGUGCGUGUUAGCGAAGACCUUCCGCUGGGCAUGGACCAACAAGAAAAGAUGCGGGCGGCUGUCAUCUUUCUUCACUGCCUCCUCACUCAACAUCGGUGCGUUAAACGACUCGAGUUUGUGCUACCGCCACGGAGACAAUAUUUUCAUGAACCUAUUCUGUGCGACGCACUGGGUUCACUGAAUUCAGUGAGCUCCCUCCACCUGAGACGGUGCUCGUUCAGCGCCAAUGACACCGCUAAAGUCUUCGCUGCUAUCGAUCGACUGCUGCUGUCGCAACUAGUUGACCUGUCGCUGCAGUUGCUUGAGAUUGACGCAAGCGCCAGCACUACGUUGGACAAUUUCAUGGAAGGACUGAAGAAAACCACGACCCUCAAGUCUCUUGAGGUCCUAGGGGUUCGCCUAAACACCGAGGUUGAAGAAUGUGCCUCCAUCUUCAGGGAAAAGACGCUGUGUGCUCUGUCUGCAAACACCAGCGUUACCAGCCUCGUCGUGGACGCCAUGUCUUGUGCGGGCACAGAAGACACGAGUCUCAAGACACUGCUGAAUAAUCCUGCAAUUCCAGCUGAGCUGACUGUCAUUUGUCAUAAGCACAACCAACGCCGGAAGUGCUAUUUGGUUUUUGAUGCAAUGGCGACUAACAAGACAGUGACGAAAGUGCGCAUCGAGAACUUCAAUCUGUGUUCUAAAGACGCAGAAUCUCUCGUGUUAAUGCUGUGUGCAAACGACACCAUAAAGGAGCUCUGCCUCGUGAAGUCUACGUGGACCAUACGCACGCGGAACGUCGGGAUGUAUCCGUCGGACAUCAGGCCACAUGCCCAGCAUCUUGCGUAUGGUCUGACGAAGACGAAGUCCCUGCAACGACUCGCUGUUCGAUGCGAAUUUUCUGCUGACGAGAUUCGUUGCAUCCUCAAAGCUGCCGACAAGUGUGAAUCGCUGCAGGAGCUUCACUUUCCCAGCCUAGAAAGUCACAACUGUCGACAAAUAUACGAUGCGCUAAAGCACACUGGAGUUAUGAGCAAGCUGACCAUAGAGCAAUUACGUCUCGAAGUCGACUCCCAGCUAGCAGAGAUGGUCACCUUCUUCAGCAAAGUCCUCGCAGACGAUUAUCGCUGUGAUCCUUUGAACCUCGUGCAUGCCCGCCUUGGCCACUCGUGCGAGCCUCUCGGAACCAGCUGCGGAGACCACCUCAGGGUUCUUUAUCUCACGUACAAUACAGAGAAUGUGCUCCCUUCUAUUCCACUUGGCAUCAAGGCCUAUUUGGCGCUGACGAAGAGCCUAGAACACCUGCACAUGGACUUUACAGCGACAAGUGAAAUGGCUGAUUUCAUCAUAAGCGGUAUAGUGAGCAACGACAGCAUCAAGGAGCUCCGCAUAUUCAAAUUCUCAGUAAGCAGCUUGAGCCUGGCGGUCCUAUGUCGUUGGCUGGAGGCAAAUCGGCUCCUGCACAGCCUGGAGAUGCAUCUUAGCAAUGUCUUCGGAGGCCUUCUGGUCGCAGGCCUCGAAAAGGUUCUGGGGUACAACUACACGCUCACUUCGCUCGAUGUGCAUGAAAGCGAUCAUUCCUUGAUCACAUUGCUCAUAAGGAAUUUGGUGACGCGCAACAACACAUUUCUGAAGCGCGCUGCGGCCUACGUUCUCGGAUCCUUGCAGAAAACCGCCGCACUCGCUUACAAAGAGAUGUCGCGGCACCCUCAGCUUAAGGCGGAAGUCCAGCGAAUAGCAUCGAUCAGUGAAGGCGAGGCUGACCAGAAGAUUCUCAAUGCGGAGAAUCGGCGUCGUGCUCUUGAACGUACCAAUACGGAUUCCUCCAUGCCAUAGUAAAAAAAAAACGUACCGCUUCGUGCUUCAGUGACGGUGCAUGUUUUAUGUGUAUAAUAAAAACUGAAUGACUAC